GUACACUCAAGGUCGAAAUAUAAGUAAAUGACCUUGGUUGGGUCACUGCAAUUUUGACCUUCAUUUUGAAGAUGACGUUGUACUCGAUUAUUCUACCUACGUAUAAUGAGAGGGAAAACCUGCCAAUCAUCAUGUGGAUCAUUGAUAAAGUCAUGAACGAGAACAAUCUUUCCUAUGAAGUGAUAAUUGUAGACGACAACAGUCCGGAUGGAACAGGUGAAGUGGCUAAGAAGCUUCAGUCUAUCUUCGGAGAAAAUAAAAUAAAUUUAAAACCAAGGAGUGGAAAAUUGGGACUUGGCUCAGCUUACUUGCAUGGUCUAAAGUUUGCAAAAGGUGAUUUUAUUGUAAUCAUGGACGCUGAUUUAUCUCAUCAUCCAAAGUUUAUUCCUGAAUUCAUCAAAUUACAGAAGCAGCAUGACUAUGAUAUUGUUACUGGUACUCGAUAUUCAUGCAACGGAGGUGUAAGUGGUUGGGAUCUUAGGCGUAAGCUGAUCAGUCGCACAGCGAAUUAUAUAGCUCAAGUGCUCCUUCGGCCAAAAGCAUCUGAUUUGACGGGAAGUUUCAGAUUAUACAAAAAAGAAGUACUGAAAGACUUAGUGUCACAGUGUACUUCACGUGGAUAUGUCUUUCAAAUGGAAAUGAUAGUGUUAGCUUCUUCUCUGGGCUACAAAAUUGGUGAGGUUGGUAUAACAUUUGUAGAUAGAUUCUAUGGAGAAUCAAAGCUUGGAGGAACAGAAAUUGUCCAAUACUUGAUGGGUUUAUUGCAUCUCUUUUGUACUUGUUAAUUUUUUAUUUGUGAUUUUCUAAUAGAUACUUGACUUCCUACCUGUUUUUUAUUAGUUGUACUUUAUCAGUCGAAGCAUUCUUGCCAUUCUAUGAUUUGUGAGUAGAAAAUAGCAGCACUUCAAGCUUCGAUCGAUAGCCGGCUGUCACUUUUACACCAGAGAUGAUGUAGGUUGGUGAGUACCAAACCAGCUUUUGUAUCCGUGCUUGGAUUUCCUCAGUAAUCAGUUCACUAGGGCUGAAGCAACUUCCCAAAUAAGUGAAGUCUACUCCCUGUCUGUAAACUAGGAGUCGAUGU